AUGGAGAAGAAUGCCCUCGCCGGAGACACAAUUCCGAGACCGAAAUGGAGGAAAGUAGCCUACGGAGGAAGGCAAAUCGGAUACGACGACAACUACACGGACGAAUCCUUCCUCGAAGAAAUGGUGAUGAACGCUAACGUGGUGAGGCGCGAUCUGCUAAAGGUGAUGAGAGACUCCGUCUCGAUCUCUCAAUACCUCUGCAUCGUCGCGCUCGUCGUCUUGGUCUGGGUCCACACUCUCGAAUCAUCUCUAGACGAGAACUCGCUCUUGCUUCUCGAUCUCUCCCUCUUAGCCUCGGGAUUCUUAGUCCUCCUCUUGACCGAAGAAAAAAUGCUCUCUUUGAGCCUCCUCUUGCGUUACGUCGUCAACAUCUCCUUCUUCACCACGGGUCUCUACAUCUUAGCUCCGAUUUACCAGACGCUCACGAGAUCGAUCAGCUCCGAUUCGAUCUGGGCAGUCACGGUCUCUCUCCUCUUGCUGCAUCUCUUCUUGCACGAUUACUCUGGGUCCACGAUCAGAGCACCGGGGGCGUUGAAAAACCCGAAUUUGACGAGCUGUAUCUCUCUCAAUGCUUCCAUUGUAGCGUCUGUGUUUGUUGCCUCCCGGCUCCCGUCUAGGCUCCAUGUCUUUGCUGUGAUGCUCUUCUCGCUACAAGUCUUCCUCUUUGCUCCUCUCGUUACUUACUGCAUCAAGAAGUUCUCGUUUGGGUUGCAUCUUGUGUUCUCGUUUGCGCUCAUGGGUUUGACGCUAUACUCUGUUUAUGCGCUGCAUAGGCUUUUUUUUGUUCUGUUUCUUGUUAUUGUGGUGCUUGUGAAUGUUGUGUGUCCUUAUUGGCUCAUUAGGAUGCAAGAGUAUAAGUUUGAGAUCAAUGGUCCUUGGGAUGAAGCCAAGCUUUGUUUCGACAUUACAGAUUGA